AAAACAAUUCAAAAGCCAUCGUUUAAAAAUAUUUUUGAGAGCAUAAAAUAUUUUUUUUUUAACUGUUGAAGAUCAGCAAAUUUUAUGUUGAAAAUGCUGCAAACUAAAUGCAAAAGUAAUGCGCUAAACGCUCAGGAAGACAUUGUAAAACAGUUGGAAAAGUUAAAUAUAUGGCAGGAGGAGCAGAAGCGUUUGCUGGAAGAGCGCCAGAAUUUGCAAAGAAAAAUGCUUGGCUUAGAGCAACAGAAUAUGUACGAGAAAAUGGGGAUCUUUCACGCUAGAACCAUAAUCGAAGCGACUGGAGUUGGAGCCGCCGAAGAAUCAUCAUCAGAUCAGGUAAAAAAAGGUGGAACUUACGAAAAUAUUGAAUUUGACAGAGAAGUCAAGGAAAUAGAAACAAGGUUGUUCGAAGGUAGCAAGAAAAAUGAAGUGAAAUUUUCAAAUGAAACUGAUAACGACAACAUGUAUUGCAGUAACGAGGGGCUUCACAUUAAAGAUGUGAAAAUAAAGCGGCCUUAUUUAAAACGAGGUGAAGGUAUAAAGGCUCGUUACAAAGUCUCACCCGAGUCAUUACGGCUGAAUAACUUGCCACGUUAUAAAUAUGCUACAAAUCAUCCCAAAAUUAAAAACCUACAGCGACGCAGAAUAGCUCCCAAAGUAAAACCCUCGUCGGAACUUGGAAAUUUGAUAACUAAAACGCCUGAAUCUGUUGAGGAAUCGAAACUGGAUAUAAAUGAAAAGUAUUUCAACCAAAUGCUUGUUAAUUCAAACAAUGUGAAUAGCUCCACUCCUGACACCAAGUUUUCAAAAGAAGCUACGCCAUCAAUUUCCAAUUGCAAUCUUCGAAACGUCCGAGUAGAAAAUUACAAAACGAUGGAGGGCAAAAAAUGUUAUAAUGCCGAAGAGAAUCUGCAUGAACAUAAAGUUGGGCAUUAUGUCGGAAUUUCUUGGGCAAAAUUUCUCGAUCCACAAAUAGUCAAACCAAUUCCAAUUCAAGAAAUUAGAACACCAGUUAAGAAAUGUGAUAAAAUGAUCAAAACUAAUAAAAACUUUACUGAAGAUGAUGAAAAUUUAACUAUUUUUGAACUUCUUGAAAAACAAGCUGCUAUAGGAGCAAUCGAUAUGAAUUCAACUUGUAUAAGAAACUUUUUAGAAAAAAAAAGUAACUCUGAAGAACACCAAGAGAGUGAGACAGAUUUUCCUACCCAAGACAUUUAUACCGGAAGUCGAUUGCGGCCUGCUGUUGAACAAAUUUUAAGAAUUGAUUCCGACGAUGAAAGUACUGUUUCGGUUGAAUCUUUAGAUGAAAGAGCACUGCCAUGCCAAACACCUACAAUUUCCAGUUAUGUUAGUGAUGAGUCAAAAAAUGAGCAUAUAUUAAAUGUUGAAAAAGCAGAUUUACAUGUUCGUUUUUCCGAACAAAAUACAACUCUAGAAUUUGAUAACAGAGAAGAUAUGAUAUCAAACAAUUCCGCUUUAGGCGAUGAAACAACUUUAAAUAAAAGUUCGUAUUUGUUUCAUCAAUUCAAGGACGCGCUCUUUAGUGCUUUGCUUGGCAAGACGGAUGGUGAGGACAAGACAACAGAGCAGAACCUGAUGAUGCCAUCACCACCGUCUGCACUUACGCAGGAACUACAAGAGAAAAGCAGCAUUAUUAAAUUACGACUUGAAGAGCUUGAAAAGGAAAUUGCGGAUUUUAGAAACAAUAACCUUGAAUUAAUCAGAGCCAAACAAGAAUAUGAAAUAGAGAAAUCCCAUUUUAAUCAGGAACGUAAUGAAGCAUUGGACCGUCUAAGAGACGAUAAAAUACAAAUGGAAAUGUAUUUACAUGACGAACGCAUGAAAAUCGAGGAAGAAAAACGGAAGUUUGAACAACAGAUGCGUGUGCAGAAACAGACAUUAAACAACAAAGAGCGCAAGGAGGUAGCGCGUCUCAAGGACGAAUUAGAAUCAUUGCGAAUUCAGUUGAAACAGAAGGAACAAUUACAUGCAUCGGCACAAGCGCGCUUACGUGUACAAAUCAGGAAUAUGGAACGAGAUCAAAAACAACUGUAUGAAGAUGUUGAAAAAUUGACAAGAGAAAAUAAACGGCUACAAAGUGAAAAACAAAAGCUUGAAAGGGAGGGUAAUAAUAAAAUGCUCAUGGAAAUAAACAAGAACAUUGCUAAAUUAGCACCAAAGUUGGCCGCAGGCAAUAGUUGCAGUACAACUAUUGAAUGUCCCGAAGUAAACACCCGAUUUAGCAAAAGGACCUUAAAGUCGUCAUACUCUUCGCAAACUAAUAAAAAAUCAAGUAAUAAUAAUCAAAAUCAAAUGAAAGCUCCUCCCAACACUCGGAAUACCAGCAGAACCGAUAUAAAAGAGGAUGUAGAAAAUUCAUCAACUUUAUACAAAGCGACCAUGUUUGAUCGUUGUAAUGACUCUGAGGGUGGUUUGGCAGAUGAGGAUGAUGAUGAUGACAUUAUUGCUGAAUUAAAAGUUUCAGAAAAUAGCAAAAGUACAAAAUCGGCAGAAAGUUCAAGUCAUUCAAAUAUCUCAAAAGAUACUGUUAUUUAUAAAUGUGAUGCAAACUCUGGAUUCGUUGUUCCAAAUUCCAAAUCCAUCGACGAGAACACAAAUAACGAUAGGAAUGACAAAAAGAUUGUGAAAAGUGUGACCAAAUGUGGAGAAAAUUUUAGACGUGAAAUUAUUAAUCCAGAUGGCGGUAAAGACAUUUUGUAUCCUAAUGGUAACUUAAAAAAGAUAUCCCCUGAUGGAAUGAACAUUCGAAUGCUUUACUUUAACAAAGAUAUAAAAGAAACAAAUGUUAAUGAAGGGACCGUUAAAUAUUAUUAUGCAGAGACGAAUACUUGGCAUACAACAUAUUUAGAUGGUUUAGAAAUAUUCGAAUUUCCGAAUGGCCAAACUGAACAUCGCUACAAAAAUGGCGUGAUUGAAAUUCAUUUGCCUGAUAAUUCCGUGAAAAUUACAAAUCCAGCUGAUAAAGAUAAACUUGAGGAAUGGCGCUUUGCUGACGGGACAAAUCUAAUCCAAAUGCACAACGGGGAUAGGGUGUUAAUGUUACCAAAUGGACAAAAAGAAAUACAUACAAAACUGAAUAAGAGACGUGAAUAUCCUGAUGGUACUGUGAAACUUGUCUAUCCCGACGGAAGUCAAGAGACGCGUUAUUCGAAUGGACGAAUACGUUUGAAAGAUAAAGAUGGCAAUCUAGUAAUGGAUACAGAGAGGGUUUAAAAAUAUUUAAUCUAUUCAGCAAAUAUUCUGUGUUAACUGUAAAUUGUAAACGUAAAAAAAAAAAA